GGGGUCCAUUGCGAACCGGAUGGACGGGAAUGUCAUCAACCGUCAUUUGAGUUUCCUGUGCCCAGUGCGCCAGACGUACGGGGAAGUAUAUUUGCCUUCGUGGGUGGUGGGUUUUUUAAUGCCCCCCUCCGACACACAGUUCGAAGAUAAAUGUCGGUAGGGUAUCUGGCAGAUUGUUUUUUUUUUGUUGUCGAUUUAUUUUGUUUUCAUGGUGAUGGUUAAUUUGGGUGAUAAACAAAUUGUGCGAGUGAUUAAAAUUACGAUGAUAAUUGUCAAGUGCCAGUGGUGAAUGAUAAAACAUGCGCGGAGGGCUGGAACAGUGAACAUUUUUCAUCGAAAUAUUGUAUUUUUCGACGGGGGUAGGCUAACACCGAUGAACAUAACCUGCCGAGCAGGUUAAUACGGAGUAUGAAGAGCACCAAGGAUCACAGGGGAUGUGUACUCCUCAGUUCUGAGGAGAACGAGGAGAUUUACAGGUUAAUUGGAAAUCGUUGCCAGUGCCUAGCGGCAGGAGUCAUACAGUUGUACUUGACUGAGCCUCCUGCCCAUCGAGAAUGGAUAAAGAAGAAUACCGGUGUGAUAACGUUGAUAAGGGACACCUCAAAACGCAGUUACUUCCUGAGAUUGUACUGUUUGCAGAGGAAAGCCAUGUUGUGGGAACAGGAAUUGUAUAAUUCAAUGUCGUACAAUGCACCUAUGACGUAUUUUCAUACGUUCGAGGGGGAGGAUUGUAUGGCAGCAUUCAAUUUUGCUAAUGAAACUGAAGCCGUGAUUAUGAGGAGUGUUCUCCUGGAGAGAUUAAAUGCGAAUAAACAAAGGAGACAGGACAGAAAAGCGAGAUUGGAUGCUGAGGCGCAACAGAGAGUGGUGACAUUACCCAGGAGAAGUCCUAAUAGUACUCCUGAUUUCACUGGUUUCUCGACGAAUACAGGUGCCAAUACGUUGAAUGGCUCCCCAUCGUCGUUAGGAGUCAAUGGGAGUCUGGGAAGUUCAAUGUACAAGAAGAAAAACAGGCGGGAGAAGGAUCCCAAGAGGAAAUUAACCACUGCUGACAUUGGUUUACCCUCGGAUUUCAGGCAUUUAGCACACAUGGGGUGGGACGCCCACAAAGGUCUCGACUGGAACCCAAAUGAUCCAAAACUCAAGCAAUUUUUCGACGUGGCUGGCAUCACGAGACAACAGCUGACGAGCAAAAGCACUCGUGAUUUCAUCUACAGUUACCUCGAUGCGGCUGGUGGAAUGAAGGCGGUGGAGAAUGACCUUGGUAAAUUGACGAGACAAGCUGGACCCACCAGUACGCAGUCGUUGCCAGCAUUACCGGUGCCACCUGCACCCAGCUCUGAUCCACCUCCCCCCAUUCCUGCCAGGACGGUACCUGUUACGACGAGUCCUGGAAUGAACAAUAAUCAAACAAGAAGCACACGACCAUUGCCACCAGUGCGAACGAACGUGCCUCCACCCCCUCCGAGUGCUCCACCUGCCCACAGGACCCUGCCAUCCCGGCCGCCACCCCCCUCAGGCUCCCCCGGUUUACCUCCACCUCCGACCGUACCACCGCCACCACCAAGAAGCACCUCCAACACAUCGAACGUCUCCAGCGUCUCGAAUAUCUCAAGUGUUUCAAAUUCUUCGAGUAUUUCAGCUCCAGCACCACCUCCACCACCACCCCCUCCCCCUCUUCCCGACUUUGGAAGUGGUGAUAGCGCAAUUAAUAAUGCAAUAUCACCAGCGAGAAAUGGUAAUAGUGGAAAUAAUAAUGGUGAUGGCGAUGAUCUUAGGCCGAAACUUAUGGAUGCUAUUAGAAGUGGUACAACGCUCAAGAAAGUGGAUCAAACCGAGAAGAAGCCACCCCCAGUCACCGACACCCGCAGUGACUUACUAAAUCAAAUUCGCGAGGGAAUAGCCCUGAAGCCAGUGACAAGUGAUCCAAAGCCAGCGGCGCCAUCAGUUCCCCAAGGAGGUUUAGCCGGUGCUUUAUCUCGAGCUCUCGCCGAGCGUUCGAGAUUGCUCGGUUACACCGGCGACAGCGAGGAGGAGAGCAGUGACACCGACGAGGACGAGUGGGACGAGUAAAACAAAAACGAAAACCCAUCACAAAAAAAUGCAUAAAUUAUCACUUCUGUACAUAAGAGAGCGAGAGAAAAAAAACCUGUGUUAGUGGCCUCGUGGGUGGAGAGUCUUUCAAUACGCCUGUGGGACAUUUUUUUUCGGGGACACGUCACUCUGGUAAGCUCAUUAAAUCACCGCAUUAAACGCAGGACUCAAUAGUAUUCUAAAAGCAAAUUAAUGCACUAGCGUAUGAAAACAAAAACACAAUAAAAACGUGUAAAUUUUUCUUUUCAUAUCAUGUAUGUAACUCAAGUCUACGUGAUGUGCUCACAAAUAUACAUAUGUAUAUACUAAAAUGAGAAUUAGAGAAAGAGUAACGACGAAUAGAGGCCACACCUACGUGUGCCUGCUUACGUCUCGUGUUGCAGUAUAAUUCUGUUACCUUUUUGCUAUUUUUUUCCGAUAUGAUGGAAAUUAUUUCAUCGAUGGAGCAUUGAUUGUCAUCAGAUGAGAAUUAAAUUUCAAUGAAUACUGAAUAAAAGAGUGAUUAAACAGGUGAAUUUUUAGCGAAAUAUAUAAAUAUUUAUAUAUUGAAAUUCACCACUGAGGAGAAAUCCUAGUCAAACAGAAAGAAUUAUCAAUCCUGAUAAGUUAACGUAUUUUCAUUAUAUUACGAUCUUUUUUUUCGCAAUUCGAUACAGUGUAUUACACCGGAGGUCUAAGUAGUUAUUACUCUAAACUCAGAGUUUAGUUUUUAAUGAUGAAGUACUACUUACAAGGUUUGAUUAAUAAGUUAAAUUCAAGGGUAUUCGACGAUUAUCCUUCAAGCAUGCACAACAGUUAAAUGUGACAAUGUAUUUGUAUUUAUAAUUUAUGAGAGUCGAGUAUGAUUAAUAAUAACACUAAGUCAGAAUUAACUGGGAGUAGGAAAUUAAAAUGAGAUGAUUAAAAAUGUUUGAAAAUUA